UAUUCCGUCCAAGCCGAAGGCUGGCAGGGGCUUCCACGUUGCGGCCAAAUACGCCUGGCCCAUCAUCCUCUCCUCUCCUUCUUACUAAAAACUUUAGAGAGACUGAUGGACCUCAGUUCCACGAGCUACCGACGCAUCUGUUGCAUCUACGCCGCCAAUAGACCCGAUCCCAUUCUUGGUAGAACAACAGAAUUUAAUAAUCUUUUACCUGAGUGGACUAACAGUCGGAAUAAUAUUGAAUUCGUCAAUGAGAGAUUAACGACGAGAUGGAAUGAUGCUAAUAUACAAGAAUAUUCGGAAAUAUCAAAUGUACCAAAUAUGUCGAAUCGUUCCGAACUGAAUUUGCAAAAUCAUCAUUCAUCAAGGUCCGAGUUCGAAAUUAAUGUAGAAGGGGAGAGAAAUAAUAAUUCAUUUUAUACUAAAUCACACGGAAUUUCAGAUAGUUUUAGUAUACCUCGUAAAGAGAGAACCGCAUUUACUAAAGAGCAAAUCAGGGAGCUGGAAGCCGAAUUUGUACAUUCAAAUUAUUUAACACGGCUUAGAAGAUAUGAAAUAGCGGUUGCCUUAGAUUUAACCGAACGACAGGUUAAAGUAUGGUUUCAAAACCGGCGUAUGAAAUGGAAGCGGCUUAAACUGGAGUCCCAAAAUUCUGGUUAAUUCCCAAAAAAUAAAUAACCAACUGAUUAUAUAGAAAUUUAAAUAUUCUUAUGUAUGUAUUACUUUGUAAUAUUUGU